AUGUCGAUGCCCUCCCCCUCGGCCUUCCUCCCGCCCUUCCCGCUGUACACGCCCUCCCCGCCGCCGAGUAGCUUCGUCCCGCCAAUCCACCCCUCGGGCUUCAACCCGACCCAGCAGCAGCCCGGCCUCCCGGGCAAUGGCAGCCUCCACUACCCCGGCCCUGGUGGGCAUCUGGGCCUGAGCGGCACGCCAGGCGGCCCCAACAGCGCUCACCUUCAUCCUUCGCAGCAGCAGCAGCAGCAGCAGCAGCAACCGCCGCAGCAGAUGCCACCGACGGCACAGCAUCCGCACCCUCCCCAUCCACACCAUCACGGGUAUGGCGGCCCUGGUGGCGGCCCAUCGCUCCCGGGCCCCGGGCAGGCCGGUGCCGGCGGCAUGUCCUUCUCCUCGGGGAAUUUGGUUUUCCCGUCGGCUCGGCGGGCCAGCUUUUCCGGCGCCGGCCCCUCCGGCAUCAGCAACCAGCGGAUGAUGCGCGCGCCAUUGAUGUCCGCCUCCGUUGGCCAUGGCACCGGGCCGGGCGGCACCGGCAACAGUGGCGGCGGCAGCGGCGGCAGCGGCGGCGGUCCCUCCGGCGGUGGAGCCGGCUCCUCCAGCCGGCCCCGCAGUCGCAGCGGCUCUCGCACCGCGGCCAUCCCCAUGGCCUCCUCCUCACCGACGCCGGCUUUUCGCGCGCGUUCCGGCAGUCUGUCCCUGGCCGCGGCGGCCGCCGCCAACUCCGACCCCUUCACCGGUGGCCCAAACUCCGCGCUGCCCACGCAGCUGUCCAUGUUUAGCGGCGGCGGCGGUGGCGGCCGUCGGCCAUCCCUUUCCGGCGGCGCCCAAAGCACCUUCCAUGCGGCCGGCCUGGCGCUGAGUCCCCCGAAUGCCGGGGACCAUCCCCUUGCCGGUGGUCUUUCCCCAGGUGGGCCGCCCUUCCUGUCAGGCGCCGGCCCUAGCUCAUACAUCUUCUCCUCGCUCGGGGUGCCACCCCCCUCGGCCAGCACGGUUCCCGGGCCUUCGGGGCUCGCCUUUCACCAUGCCCACCAUCCUCACCAUCCGACAGAUGACCUGUUCGGCCCGAGCGGUCCCUACCUGACACACCCCCUCAAUGGCGGCCAUGCCGGCCAUCCGCUUGGCGGGCAUUACCACCACCUACUUGGGCAUCACCACAUGCACAUGUCGGCUCCGGCUACCGAUCCGGCCACCCUGGCUCGGCUCGGGGCCGGCACCGCCGGCCAACAGCAGCAGCAUCCCCCCUCACAAAGCAGCCCAUUGACCUCGUCAAUGUCCAUCUCUCGGCCGGCCACCCCUCCAUCGCCCCUGGCGGCCGAUGGAGGCAGUGCAGCCCCGGCGGCGAUGGCCCUCCUCCCCACAGCCGCUGGUGCUCUUUCCAAAAACGAGGACGUCCUGGCGCCUGGCCACGGCUCGUCCUCCCCGGCCGGCAGCGGCAGCGGCAGCGGCACCUCCACCCCCACCGCCGAUGCCGAUGGCAACCAGUAUUUCGAUGCGGUGGCCAGUGAGGCAGUGCGUGCACAGCUGACCGAGCUGGACAACUUCCUCUCGCAGCAGGCCCUUGAGCGCCUGCGCAUCCCCUUCGGCCCCGGGUCUCUUUAUCGUGCCGUAUCGGCUCAGCUUGACAUCCCGGUUGACCAGAUCCAGGCCAGUGUCAUCAGCCACCUUCGUGAGCAGGCUGACACGUAUGUGCGCCUUUUGGCCGACAAGCUGGCUGACCUCCCAGCCGAAGAGCCGGAUGCCCAGACCGAGGAGACCCCCUCCUCGAAGGGCAGCCCGAGCCCCAUCGACGCGCGCCUCCUCCUGGAUACCUUCAUCGAGCAGCUUGCCCAAAAUCGCGUCCCUCACACCACGCAGAUUGAGCUGGACAUCAUCUCCGAACUCUACAGCCGCGACAUCGUCACCUACGUCGGUCCGCGCACGCCGAUCAUCCUCACCUCGGGCAACCACCCGCAUUGCCUCUACCUCUGUUCCCUGAACGAGGGCCAGCACUAUGACAGUGUGCAAGUCAAGCGUCGGCCGGCCCCCGGCGCGGAUGCCAGCGUCGUCACUGGCGGCACAUCAUCCAUCUCCGCCUCGCCCAGCCCUUCGCCGGCCGCGGCCGAUGUCCAGCCGUCGCCACCGGCCGACAGCGGUCCCGGAAUGACCCCGCCGCCGGAGCAUUCGCCCCCGGCCAGCGGUCACCAUGAUGACCCGUCUCCCCUGUCGGACUCCUUUGCGGCGGACUUGAACGAAGCACACGCGGCCCAGCAUCAUGAAGUCCAGAUGCAUAAGCUCAUGCGGAAUGUUGUCUGGCAAACUGGCCGCCGAGCCAGCGAGCCGAACGUCCUUUUCUCGGGCUGGCGCUCGGGACAGGGACGCGUUGGUGUUGGCGCCAGUGCUGGACCUGGUAGUCGUCAGCAAUUGCCCGAGUGGACCACCCUCGAGGAGGCUGACGAAGAGGACCAGGACGAGGAGGAGGGCCACGAGCAGCAGGAGCAGGACGCGACCAACUCGGAGGAGGCCAAGGCCGAGGAUACUGCCUCCUCGAUUGCCUCCUCUCCCGGGCUGUCCUCUUCCCCGGGAUCCGCGGCCACGAUCGCCGGGUCUGCUGGCACGGCUGCAAGCAGUCUCGUCGAUUCCGUCGGCCAGGCUCUCGAAGCCCCGGUCCUCAGCACGUCAGACAUCAGUGAUACUGAGGGUGCCCCGAAGGCCUCCGGAGGCGGCCUGGGCGAUGAUGACAAUGGCCCUGUUGCCGCCGGUGCCACUGUCCUCAUCACCGCCGACGCCUGUGCCACCUCCGGCUCCGUCGCCGCCGGUGCCACCUCGACCGACAUCACCACCACGGCCGCGGCACAGGCUCUCCUCGAGCGUGUCAUCACGGCUGGCCACAUGCUGCCCAGCUUCAAUGAGCCUUCCUAUGUUGUGGCCAAGGGCGACAAUCGUCGUGUCGGGCUGGUGAAGUUCUUCAACCUCUCCCGGGGCUAUGGCUUCAUUGUGCCUCUGACACUUGAGCAGCUGGAGCGUCGCCUUGAGUUGGCCCACACGGCUGCUCGCAUCUUGGCCACCUCGUCUUUGGCCGCGGACAGCAGCACCACCACCCCCGGGCUUGGGGACGCUACUUCCGACAUCCCGAGCGAGGGGUUCUCUCCGGCCUCGAUCGCAGCGGUCCUGGCUACAACAACCUCCUCCGGAUCGGCGGCUUCGGCCGCGCUGGCCGCCGUGGCAUCGCUCAUUUCCUCCGGAAACGCUGCUACCGCCCCGGCAACGGCCACAUCGUCAGCCGACGAGUCACCCGCCGAGGACAGCGCCGCCUCGCCUUCCCCCUCCGUCCCCUCCUCUGAAGAGGUACUUGCGCUGGCCGCCAGCAAAGGACUGGUCCUCAGCCCCUCGGAUCUGGAUCCAGUUCUGCUUCCCAGCGAGCCGGACCUCUUUGUCCACCACACGGCCAUUUGUGGUCUGACCCUGUCCGGGCACAACACCCUGGCGGAUGGUGAGCCGGUGGAGUAUACGCGCCUUGUCGGCCCCAAGGGCCCACAGGCCACCAAGGUCACCGGCUUCCGCGGGUCGGUGCUUGUUGGCGGCGGUCCCCUGUCGUUGCUGGUGUCCUCGGCGUCGACUGCCCCCGGGAGUACUGGUGCCGCCGCCAGUGGCUCGGCCGCCGCUGCCACUGCCGCCUCGCGGCCCACCUCCCCCACCUCCACGCCGUCCGGUGUCGGUGGUCCGGCUGUUCCGUCAGGCACCGCGGGGAUCGUCGCCAAUCCGUCGAGCUCGAAUGUCACCACGGACCCCCCUGGCGCAGCGACAGUUGACCAGCCAACCAAGCGCCCGGAGGUGAUCUCCGGCGCCGACCAGACAUCCCCCUCGACCGGGACCACCGCCACUGUUGCGAGUGUCGCAUCGGCCGCUCGCACGACUGCCGCUGGUGCUGCUGGCACCGCCGCAACUGCCGCCAUGCCGCCUGCCUCUGUCUCCAAUGCCGGUGCAGCUGGCCAUCGCCAAAAGAAGCCCAGCAGUAGCGGCCACACAGCCGGCAACGUGUCACUUGUCAACCGCAGUGGUUCGAGUGUCGCUGCUUCCACCGGCAAUGGCGGCAGCAGCAGCAGCAGCAACACCCAUGGAGGCGGUCGCUCAGCCUACACCCCUCACCCCUUGAAUGGAGGCACCUUUGCCACGAGUUCCGCACAUGAGGCGUCCUCCGAUAUGCCAGCUGCCCGAUCGGUCGGCGGGGACGCCACGGAGGCGGUGUUGAAGGCUGCCGGCAGUGGCUCCUUCCAUCCGCACCUUCCCCACUCCCCGCACGCGCAGCAUCACAUGUCCCACCCAGGGACGGCGCCCCCUUCGCCGGCUUAUCACCAUAUGCCACAGCAAGCCGCCCAGCAGCCGUACCAUCACCUUGCCUCACCGACGCAGUCAUACCACCAUGGGUCGAUGGCCAUGUCAACGGGUCAGCAACAAUUGCAUCAUCAUUCCGGUGCCCCAACUGCCGGGGCAUAUGCCAUGUCCGCGAUAUUGUCUUCAUCUAAUGGCGGUGGCGGCGGCAGCAAUUCGCCCACAGUCCACCAUCCACACCAGCUGCACGCCUCUUCCUCCAAUGGAGGCCCGUCACACCAUAUGCUAUCCUCGUACCAUCACCUCCAACACCACCAUCAGCAGCACCCAUACUACAUCUCAGCCUCGUCUCAAAUGCCCGGAGAUGGCGGCCCACCUUCUCUGUCCGGGAUGCACCAUGGUCUUGCACAUGUCGGAACGGCACCCGGCCCCAUGGCCCCGAGCAUGGAACACCACCAUCCCAAACAGGCCACCGGUCUCGCGCAGCAGCAGCAGCAACAGCAGCACUACCAUCAUCCGCAGCAGAUGUCACCUUCGGCAAUGGAUUUAAGUGAUGCUGCCCGGCUGCACCUUCUGGCGGGUGCCGGCGCUGGCGCUGGCGCUGGAGGUGCUGGUGGCAUGGCGUAUGGCCAUCACCAUCCGGCGGCUGGAGGAAUGCCCAGCCCAUAUCAGGCAGCCGGGGGGACCCCUGUCGGUGUGUUGCCCUUUGGCAGCCACCAUUAUGUGCAGCAGGGCGCCUCCAUGGCGGGCGCGCCUCCGCCUCCUCCCUCGACGGCACAGCACCUUCACCACCCUCACCAUCCUCCGCAACACCAUGGGCAUUAUGUUGGCGGCCAGGUGUCGCCCAUGCAUCCGAAUUCCGGCGGCGCGUCGCCCUUCUCACAGCAGCCACAGUACGCUGCCCUUGGCAAUGCCGGCGUCGGCAUCAACGGCGGGGGCUUUCAUCAUCACCACCACCAUCCCUCGGGCGGGUAUGCGCCCUCGAUGUCCAGUGGCGGCAGUGGCGGUGGCGGCAGUGGCGGCGGCGGCGGCGGCAGCAGCAACGGCAAUGUUGGCAGCGGGUCGGACCGUCGCAAUGGCGGCCAGUCGUCGGGAUCCUCCUCCGGCAAUGGUCGUGGCUCUGGCCGCGGCGGUGGCCAAGCUUCAAUGGGCGGCGGCGGCGGCGGCAGCAGCAGCGGUCAUCACCACCAUCACCACCAUCAUCACCACGGCAACAGUGGUGGCGGUGGCGGCAACAAUGGCCAUCAUCAGGCCCAUGCCCCCUCAUCUGGCGGCGGUGGGUCUCGGCGCUCUCGGCGCCACUCUCCGCGCAUUGUUCCUCCAUCCGCCUCGGCAACUCUACAGUGA